AUGAAUGAUGAAUCAAUAUUAUCAGAUGAUACAGAUGAUGAUCGAACACAAAAUGAUCUUUUAUCUUCAUCGAUUAGUUCCGAUGAUAUAUUGGAAACUUCUUCAAUCGAACCAAUGCAAAAUUCAUUAAUAUCACUUUUAUCAACGGAAGAUAUUGAACAAUGUCUUUAUGUUUUAAAUAUAAAUUGGCGUAAAAAAUUUACAAUUUAUUUAUCAAAUAAUCAAGAUCAACAACAAAUAAAUUCUUCUUAUUCCCACGACAAUAUUUGCAAUUAUAAAUUAAAUCCAUUAAAUUCUUAUUGGGAUCAUUCAGGAGGAUCAUUACCAUCAGUUUAUUUCAAUAAUAAUGAUAAUAAUAAUAAUAAUAUUUUAUUAAAUUCUUUAACAACUGAUAAUCGUUUAAAACCUUUUGCUGAAAGAUUACUUGAAUUAGAACAUAAAAUACUUACAGGAAUUAGAGAAAAAUCAAAUGAACAACAAACAUCAUCAACAUCGCUAAAUAAUUUUCAACAACAUCGAUCAUCAUUAAAUAAUAUUAAACAAACAUUUUCAAAUGAUAAGAAACAUUUAUAUUAUAUUGCAUUGAUUUCUUAUCCAAAAAAAAAUUAUUUUUCCAAAUUAAAACUUCGUCGUAUUGAUACUUCUCGACAAUAUUCAUUGAAUGAAAUAAAUGGUAUGUCAUCAAUAGAAAUAUUACCAACUGAUUCUCGAUCAUCUUCUCCAUUGUUUUUCGAACCACGACGACAUUCAAUAACAACAAUAAAUACAUCGGAUCAUAAUUUAACUAUUGAAAAAUGUCAAGAUAAACAAACAAAAUUUGAAAUAAAAACAAAUACAUUUAAUAGAAAUAUUCAACUUAAAACUAAACAAGAUGAAACAAUUUAUACGAAUAAUCAAUCGUCAUCAAAUACAAAUAAAUCAUUUGCACCACAUAAAAUUCAAGUUCAUCAUCCAACGAAAUCAUCAAUUGUGAAUAAUUCUCUUCAAAGUAUUCGUGUUUGUGUUAGUUCAUCACCUUAUGAUAAAGAAUUUAUUCAAAAAAUUGAAACACAAUCUCCAAGUUAUUCAUCAAUUCUAUCAAAUAUUGUUACAGAUAAUCAUCCUAAAGAACAAACAAAAUCAAAUGAAAUAGAGGAAGAAACAUUUGAUCGUCGUCCACUUCUUGAUCUUAUUAAUCAACUUAAUCAAAGAAAUGUAUCUAAUCAAGCUGAAAAUCAUUCAAAUAAUCUCACAAGAACAUCUUCAAAUAUUUUACCACCAAAACAAAAUUCAAAUAAUCUUACAAGAACAUCUUCAACAUCUUCAAAUAUUUUACCACCAAAACAUAUCACACCUUUUAAACCAGUUAUUCUUCGGAAAAAAUCUCAGAAAUCAAUUGAUCGUUUUAAUUAUCUUAAUAAUAUUCAAGAAAGUUCUCCAUCAAGUCCAUCAUAUACACGUCGAAAUGGUGUUGUUCGAAGUUAUACAAUCCCAAGUCCAACUGAUGUAAAUAAAAAUUUUAAUCAAAUAUCUUCUCAAGAUCCAAUAAUAUGUCAAUCAACACCACAAUUAAAUUCAUCUGAUCCAUCAAUUGAAUCUUCAAAUUCUACAACUAUACAAGAUAAUUCUUCAUUAUCAACAAGUGCUAUUAGUUUAACUAAUACAUUAAAUCCUAAUGUAACUCCUACGUCUUGUGUCACAAUUGAUGACAAAAAUGAGGCUAAACGGAAAGCAAUUGCUAUGCAAAUGUAUGAUACAGAAAAAUCAUAUGUCGAAGCUCUCAAAAAUCUUGUUACAAAAUAUUAUUUACCAAUGAAAGAUAAAAAUAUUGUUUCCAAUGAUCUUAUUAAUGAUAUAUUUUAUAAAAUACCAGAAAUUCAUAUUCAUCAUACGGCAUUUUUAAUUUCACUUUCACAAAAAUUAAGUCAAUGGAAUAAUAAACAAACAGUUGGUGAUAUUUUAUUACAAAUGUUUACACGAACAUCAGUUAUUGAAACAUAUACAGGUUUUGUUAAUAAUUAUAAAACAGCUCAAAUAGCAAUUCGUUUAUGUCGAGAUUUUUCUUCAUUUAAUAAAUUUCUUGAACAACAAGCACGUGAUCAUCGUGGUAAAUUAACAUUAAGAGAUUUAAUAAUUCAACCGGUGCAACGUAUUCCAAGAUAUGAAUUAUAUUUAAAAGAUUUUCUUAAAUGUACAAAUAUAAAUCAUCCGGAUUAUCAAUUAUUGCUUAAAGCACAAUUAGAAAUUCAUUCAUUAGCUAAACAAAUUGAUCAAGUACAAAAAGAAGUUGGCUCAGCUGAAGUUACUCUUACAAAUAAUUCAUUAGAAGUUGUUCAAGAUAUGAUUGAAAAUUUAACGGAUUUGGUUCAUAUAAAUCGAUAUUAUAUUUGUCAUGAUGUUGUUACAGUUCAAUCAUCAUCUGGAUUAAAAAAAGAUCGAUGUAUUUUUUUAUUUAAUGAUCUUAUUAUUAUCACAAGUUGUAAACGAAAAUAUGCAGCUUUAGCAAAAAAAACAAAUAAUUCUGUUAUUGUGAAUUCUCCAUCGGGUAAACAAUAUAUUGAUAAUGCGAAACAUAAAUUAAUUAUGAAAAUUCCACUUGAUACCGUUGAUCUCGCUGCAGAUCAUUUAAAAAAGACGAGAUCAUUUGCAUCAACACCUCCAACAUUAAAAAAAUCUCAUUCAACUGCAAGUGCAACAUUAGAUAAACAUCGACAUUUAGAAGAAGAUAUAUUUACACUUGGACAAAUGUCUGAUUUAGCUAAAACAAUAACUGUACCUCAUCAGCAAUUAGAUGAUUCAAUAAAAGAAACUAUUAAUAUUGUAAAUAAAUGUUUACUUGAUGAAACAACAACAACGAAUACAGAAUCAAAUAGUAUCUCUGAUAAUAAUAAUAAUCAUAAAUCGAAUAAUGUUCAAUUAAUAUUAAAUACAACAGAUUGUAUAGAAACAAUUGAUAUUAUUUUUUCAUCAUCUGAACAGAAGAUUUCAUGGGAAAAAAAUUUUCUUGAAGCAAAAAAAAUACUUCUUGAAAUCGCUGCUGGACAAAGAAAUAUUAGUUUUCAACAAGUUCUUACUCUUCCACAUCAUCGACCAGGAAGUCAAUUUUCUUGUGGUACUGUUCGACCUUGUUCAAAUGAUGUUUGUUUAUGUAAUAAUGAAGGCGAAAUCUGUUUAAUAAAUAUUGAAUCUGAUAUAACAGUAAAAAGUUUUAAUGGAAUAACAUUAUCAGAUAUAAAAUGUAUUGCUUAUAUUCCAUCAAAUAAAAUUCGUCAAAAAGCAUCUUCAAUAAAAUCAACAAAUCAUGAACGUAAAACAAGUUAUCUUACAAAACAACCAUCAACAAAUUCUGAUGAUACAAUUCCUAUUGAUUCAUUACUUGAUAGUGAUACAAGUGAUGAUGAUGAUAUUAGUCAUGAUGAUAAUUUAUCUUUAAAUACAGUUGAAGAAGAUUUUAUUAAUGAACAACAAAUUAGUAAAGAUGCAACAUUAUGGUUAGGAACAGAAAAUGGAGAAUAUACAGAUAAUAAAGUAUUUCUUGCAUUAAAUCAUGGAAAAUUAUGUGUUUUUAAAAGAGAUCUAAAUGGAUGUUGGGAUUUUGAUUCACCAAUAAUCCGAUCAAUUGAAGAAAAUAGUCGAUUAUCAAGUAAUAAAACAGGAGAAAAUUAUGAUGAAGAAAAUACUGAUCCAAUAUCAAUAAUGACAUUAGCUGCUGGAAAAUUAUGGUGUGCUAUACGAGAUAAAAUAUAUGUUGUUUGUAUUAAUUCAUUAAAUGUUCAACAUUCAUUUAUUGUUGAUGAUUGUCAUCGACAUGUCUCAUGUAUGGCAACAAGUGGUUCGUCUAUGCAUCAUGUAUGGAUUGCAUCACAAGGUUCACAUGAAAUUCGUCUUUAUCAUGCAACACAUUUUGUUUGUUUAUUUGAAACAAGUAUAAGAACAGCAGUUACACAAAAAUUACAAGCAUGUGAUGAUAUAAUUCGUGUUCAUAAAUUAGGUUGUCUUUAUGUAAGUACACUUCAUGUAUGUAAAGAAAUCUUAUGGAUUGGAACAAGUGCUGGAAUAAUUGUUAAUUUAAUAAUUCCACAAUUAAUUGAUUUAUUAUCAAUAAAUGGAACAAGUAAAUUAACAUUAAAUUCAAUUCAAUUAAAAGGUUUAACAUUUGGUCAUGUUGGACCUGUUCGAUUUAUAUUAUCAACUGAUAAAAAUAUUCUUUCAACAACCGAUGAUGGAUCAACUAUAAAAACAUUUGUUAUUACGAUUGGAGAUGGAUUUGAAGAUUUUAAUAAUAAUGAUGAAACAUUAGGAAAAGAUGAUGCACUAUCACAUCUUAUUCUUUGGAAUUUAUAA